GUCCGGUAUGGCACCGAAUGUCUCAGAUGCACACACAAUCAAUGGCCACUCAGGACCACUAUCUCCUUGCUCUUCACAAGGAGGAGGAUCGUUGAAGCUACAAGAAGAGAGUGGGAAGAAAUACAUGCUACGCAUCAUCAACGCUGCACCCAACGAAGAGCUCUUCUUCAAAGUCGCCGGACAUAAUCUCACGGUGGUCGAAGUCGAUGCCACCUACACCAAACCCUUCACCAUAGACACACUCCUCAUCACCCCUGGCCAGACCACAAAUGUUCUUCUAACCGCCGAUCGUCGAGCCGGCAAGUAUCUUAUCACCGCCUCUCCUUUCAUGGACUCACCGAUCGCCGUCGACAACAUGACCGCAACCGCCACCGUUCACUCUGGCCACGCAGGCACUCACACACUUUUCACUAUUCCAUUCUUCAAAUCUGGGUUCUAA